AUGGUGCGCAACGAAACUUUCCAGGAAGACGAAUUGCGCGAGCUAUUUGGCUUUACCACCAAUGUAAGAUUUUCUGUCACUUUUAUUCAGCUGUUGGAGGUUUUCAAAUAA